AUGGCACACCCGCAUCUUAUGUCCCAUCAGGGCGUAACACAUGUGGGAACUAUACACAUCGACCCCACAAAUGUCGACGAAUUUCUCGAGGCGUUCCGGGCAUGUUGGGUGCAGGUUUGCAGGGAACCCGAAUGCAUAUAUUUCGACGUCUUUCACUCCAAAACAGAACCCGGUCGAUUUCAUUUUGUCGAAAUCUGGAACAAGGAUAACGACUGGUUCAUGGAGGUUCAGAUCAAGAAGGACUAUUACAAGCCGUACUGGGACAUCACAAGGCCGCUUUGGGAGGCCCGGGACCUUCACACGUACGACCGACUAAGUGGAUUCAACUUUGUUGAUGGCAGAUAUCUAGAAGGAAGUGUGAAAGUCAAGGAGGAAUUACACUAA